AUGAGUCCGACAUCUAGCUACACGCAUGUCAAUUGGGCUUUGACUGGGACAGCUGGCGCCUUAACAAUUGGUCGCUAUGCCAUCCGCUACGUCAACUCACGGCGAUUCUUCUGGGAUGAUUUGGUGCAUUUGUGUGCUCUUGUGGUCUUGAUCGCACAUGGUGGCACAGACCAGCUUUCAUUGAAUUCGAAGGCCAGAAUAAAGACUGCGGCAGACUCUAAGCCGCGGCCCUCCCAAACCUACCUUCUCGGGCUCUACGAACAUAAUGAACGACUUAGUAGCGUCAAUAACUGUUUCUUGUACUUGGUAUUUUGGAUAGUGAAGCUGUCAUUCUUGAUGCUCUACCGCUUCUUGUUCCAGUCUUCGACACCGUUCAAGAAGGCAUGGUGGGUGGUACUAGCCUUUACCGUUGUGACCUUCUGGGUGCCUAUUGCGGGCGUUCUCUCCACUUGUGCUGGUGCAGAUACCGUGGCCGAUUACAAGGCUUGCGAUGGGCAAACUCAUGGACGGGUAAUCAAACUGGAGUACAGCUGUGUUGUGAACAUUGUAUCUGACUUGGCAAUAAUGGCCCUGCCCUUUUGGAUGCUCAAAGACUUGAAGAUCGCUAUGUCCCAAAAGCUCGGACUGGCAUUCAUAUUUUCUUUUGCGAUUGUCUGCGUAGCAUUGGACAUUGUUCGUGUCGUCGAGGCUGUUUCUCAAAACCAAGCACUAUACACCGUCAUCGAGACCGCACCCUCCGCGAACAUAAGCCUGACUCCCUUAAUGUGGACGUAUUAA